AUGGAUCGACUGACCACUCUGACUGAUCGGAUGCGAGAAGUAUUGGCAACCUUGCCCAUGACUUCGGAGCAGUGGAUGCCGGAAGUCUGGAAGGAGAUGAUCAACGCAACCGCAUUGCUCGCUCUGCUCUCCUCGGUUGCCACGGUGGCGCCGGUCGCGAACAUGACUGUUUACCGGGCAGAUUUGUCCAUCAGUCCGUCGGUUUUACCUCCUCCCGGAUCCUCAUCGCAAGGUGAAGAGAUCAUUCGCCAGUUCGUCAACCUCAGCCGGUUGACAGAUUGGAGACUGGUAGACAAGAUCAAGUUCGAGGGUGACACCUUCGAGCCCGAAGGGAUUGUGCGCCUCGGUGAUGAUCGAUACUUUGUCUCUGCUGUUGAUGAUAUCAACAGAGCCUCCGGGGACGGCUUCGCGCACAUGAUGGUGUUUGAUGGGAAAGGCAGCCGCAUUGUCGAUGCAACAAUCACCGAGGCAGGGGCCGCCGAGUAUCACAAUGGCGGUAUCGACUACGACGGCACGUUCAUAUGGGCAACGCUUGCGCAGUACCGCCCCGACUCUACCGCCACCCUCGUCAAGAUACGGCCCGAUACCUUGCAGCCGGAACCCGUCCUCUGCAUCGGGGACCAUAUGGGAGCGGCAAUCCGCGAUGUGUCCAACGGGAACAUAUUGACCCUGAACUGGGGUUCCCGCCGCGCCUCGAUCUGGAACCUGAAUUACAAGCCUGCAGCCCCGCCCGCCCAUACUCCUCCGAGAGCCGUGAUCAAGAAUCCCAGCCAUUUCACCGACUAUCAGGACUGCAAGUUCUUGGGCCACUCUCAGCGAUAUGGAUUCCGCCCAGUCAUGCUGUGCUCUGGCAUCACCAACCUCUACAACACGACCAUUGGAGGCGUCGCGCUGGUCGACAUGGAAUCCAUGAUUCCCGUGUACGAAGUGCCGCUUACCAUGGUAUCGGACCGUGGCGUGUUGGUGACCAAGAAUCCGAUGGACGUCGCCAUUGUUGAUGGCCGCUUGAGGCUGUUCUUUCUGCCUGAUGAGCGGAACUCCACACUCUACGUCUAUGAGCCUGUGUGA